AUGCAGACCAAGGGGCUUAUGUUGGCGGCGGCCCAUUGUGUGGUGCUCUGUGCUGCCUACGGCCAUAAUGCUUGGGCGCCCAGACAGGAACAGGGCGAAAUUGUGUCCCCGAACUGGAAGAAUUUUACCAACACGACGACAACCUCUUCCACAACCACAACCUCUUCCACCACGACCAGCUCUUCCACAACGACCAGCUCUUCCACAACGACGACGAGCACGACGACGUCCCUCACCACAUUGACAACCUCGUUGAUAACCACCACCAACGACACGACGACGACGACGACGACGACUACUGAGGACCCGACUAGCAGCUCCCAGUCCACCGACUUGAUUGCCUCGACGACAAAUACUACCAGCAGCAGCUCGGCCUCAACAACUGACGUCAACUCGGCAGCCAAGUUCACGAGCCUUGGGGCCGGCAGCAGCGGCAACUCGAGCAGCAGCGACAGUCCUAUCCGGUCCACGCCCUUUGGCAUCACGCCGAACGCCACCGACAUCACGUCUGGGCUUUCGUCGCCUUCUGCCGGCAUCACCCUUUCACGGGCAAAUGCGACCGACUACAGCGUCCCGCUGCCGACGAGCAGUCUCGCAUCUAGCUCCGCAAAUGGCACCAGUCACCGGAACCAGUCAACCACGACGACGCCUGCCGUCCUGCCAACAAGCGGCUCGCUCCUCAACAGCACUUCUAUUCACUCCAACACCAGCACAGCCACCAACACAACGACUUCGACAAGCACGCGGUGCGGUGUGGCGGGCAGCUUCGUGACGCCGCCUAGCCACGCCACCAAGGCCGACAGCAUCGACGACUGCGCAUCGGCGUGCCGCGCGCGCGGCAGCCUGUGCAAGUCGUUUGAGGCUGGCACCGUCGAUGGCGACGGCAACAAUUGCUGGCUCUUUGCGCACAGCCUUUCCGACAUGGAGAUUGGCUCCGCGCAGGACGGCUUCAGCUGGACCUUUUACGACCGCGACUGCGACGUCACCUCGCGCUGCGGCCUCCAGGGCAGCUUCAUCACCAAGCCCAUUGAAAGCCUGCGUCUCCAGACGCUCGGCGACUGUCAGCAGGCGUGCCAGGCCAACAGCGGCUGCCAGACGUUUGAGGCCGGCUCGCUCGACGGCAACGAACACAACUGCUGGCUGUUCGACACGCCCAUCACCUCGCUCAAUAUUGGCGGCGCGUAUACUGGCUGGCAAUGGUCCUUUUUUGACCGCAACUGCCAACUUGCGCCGUAG